UCUCCAUCUGUUUGUAGAUGUACAAUACAAAUCCUAGUCGAAUUAUUAUCUCUGAUUGGAAUCCUAUAAAACAGGGUACCACCGAAGAAACAGAGACUCAAAAAGAAGCACUUUGUGCAUAGCAAAUCCAUCCUCAACCUUCGAUUGUUUUUGUUCUGUGAUGUCGGUUUCAGGUGGCGCUAGUCCUUGUGGACCUCUCAACCCAAAAAAAACGUGGGUGGAUACCUCGUUUCAAGAAGAAGACCUUUGCCUUUAUUUCGGUAAGUUUCGGGUAAACAUGGACAACUCUAAAGACACCAACUCUUCUUCUCCAGUUUCGUCUUCUGAUGUCCCUCCAACCAAACCCCAACAACAAUCAGAGGCUUGUUGUUAUCCCAAACAUGAAAUCGGGUUCGAAAAGUCUAACUCUGUUCCAAUUCCAUUAUAUUCACAAGAUAUUUGGAGAGGUCAAAGUGACAACCCUGCGGGACAACUUUUGGGUUCAAACAACCUGAAUGGGCAAUUUUUGACAAGGAAUGGGAACCCUAGACGAGAUGCAUAUGCUGGUUUUCAAUCUCAUGAAGUGGCUGAGAAGAGUGGAAUGUAUUCAAAUAAUACUUGGUAUCGAAGUUCAGGAAUAUUGAAUGACAUGGGGAACCAAUCAAGCUUUGGCAAUGACUCGAUGCUGGGAAGUAGCUAUGUAGCUCAAACGGCUAUGACUCAAUAUGGCUCACAGUACUUGCUAGAUAGCUUGUUGACUAAGGACCCCGUAGUUACAAAUUUUAUAUUUGAAGGUGUUUUCGAUUUCCUAUUCGAGGUGAUGAAUGAUUCAAAUGGACAUCAUCUUUUUGGGAAGCUAGUUCAGUCAUGCAGCGAUAAUCAGUUAGGCCUCAUUGUAGCAAAGAUAACUUUGAAUGUCCAAUUGCUUAUCAACAUAUCAGUCGGCAGAUAUGGCUCAAAAUCGGUUCAGAGGCUGAUCAAGGUGCUUGAGAAAUCACCCUUGAUAGACAUUGUGAUAGCAGCCCUAUCCAGUGGAUUUGAAGAACUGAUGACCAAUCGCUCAGGAUCCUUUGUUAUAUUGAAGUGCUUAAACCUCCUCGAUACUGAGAAAAAUCAGAAACUAUAUGAAGCUGCUCUAAAUCUUUGCAUCCCAUUGGCUCAGAAUGAAAAGGGAUGUAUAUACUUGAAUGAGUUCAUCACCAACAGUAAAGCUCCAUAUAGAGAGACACUCAUGGGUGAGAUCUCAAGCAAAUCAAAAUUCCUUUCUCAGGAUCCUUCAGGGAACUUUGUUGUUCAGCACAUCCUCGGACUCCACAAUCCCAUUUACGGUGAGCGCAUAUGUUUGGAGCUGAGAGAACUUUACAUACAGCUCUCGCAACAAAAAGGUGGCAGUCACGUUGUGGAGAAGUGCUUAAACUCAUCCGGGAUGGUUCAUGUGGUAAGUGUUCUUCUAAAGUAUGAAAAACUUUGGCAAGUUGCGAGGGAUCAAUAUGGAAACUACGUGAUCCAAACAGCAUUGAAGAGCACAAAACGCGCGAAUAGUCCCCUUCAUCAAAUGCUUAUAUCGAAGCUCGUACAGAAUCGGAAUGAACUUGUGAUUGGAUUUGGAAGGAAAGUGCUUGGUUUGAUUGACAAUGGGAUCCCACUAGACCAAGAGUGAAUAGAUCUUAGAAUGUGCUCGAUCAAAGGACGAUAUUCUGCAUUAGAUUUGUAUGCGUCUGUUUUCGUAUGACUGUAGGAACCACUCUGAACGUCAGAGUGGUGGUAGGCUGGUAGCUGUAGGUGUCUCUGUCUCUUGUGAUACUCUAUUGUAUCGUUCAUGUUAUUCUCUUGUGAUGCAAAUGCGACACAGGUAUAUUAAUUUUCAUAGGCAAAAAGUGUAUUUUAAUUCUGAGACAACUGCCGAUCAAAUUUGGUCUGGUCGGCAUAAAGUGUAAUUUAU